GGGUUGGAGCUCAAUUAAUGAAAUAAACCCGCCGAUAAAAAAGUAGUGAGUGUGAAUGCUGUUCAAUCCCUUAACAUUGUGUUUAUGUGGCCUCAUUAAACACGGGGUGGUUCUUCAGGGUUUCAAACGGCGGCGGCGGCGGCGCGCGCUGUGCACUUUUCAAAGUGACGCAACGGUGAUGCGACAGACUCCUUGACAAACCGUUUGCAGUGUGUGUGUGUGUGUGUGUGUGUGACGUGUUGCCGUGGAAACACUCGGGAAAUGACAUUUUUUAGUGAAAAAUGACAACCAUGUGUUCAAUGCAGUCUUCCACAGGCCGUCUUCCCCCGUGGCUGAGAACCCAGCAGCUCCGCCAGCAUGUCCCACGUCUCCUCCGCUGCCAAGCGCUACGCUGGCCCGUCCUACACCAGCCACUACAGCUCCUACAGUCCCUCCAUAACCCCUAGCCUUAGCUCCUACGGCGAGCGGAACAGGUAUUCCUCCUACAAAUCCCCUACCUCAUCCUCAGGGUACGCCUCGUCCAGCUACCUGAGCAGCACCACAGGCCACAGUCGAAACUACACAACCUCCGACCGUGGCCGGGUCAUCCCACGGACUGACAUCCUUGGGAGUAGCAGCAGCAACCGCCGCAGUGAAAGCCUCAGUCGAACCCCUGUCAAGAGCUAUGCAGGUUCUGGACUUAGUGGGGGGUCAGCCUACACUGCAUACAGCUCCUAUUCGUCCCCCUCAGCCCAGUCCAGCUACCUCUCCUCUUCACCGGUGGCCUCCAGAAUGUCGUUCAAUCGACGAAAAUCAGCAUCCCAGAGUGACUUAAGCAAGGACUUGGCCUCUCUGGCUAUCAAUGACGCCUCGUCCACCUCGUCCAGCCCGUCUUCCUCCUCCGGCACCUCAAGGAGCUACCGGAGUCGAACCAAUGACGUGGCUACCUCCUAUGGCGUUAACUCCUCGAAUCUGUCACGGAGCUCUACUCAAGAGUCCCCCUCAUGGAGCUCCACCAAGGAGCCCUUCAGCAGAAGCAGCACUUCAUACAGUUCUUCAAUGAGUGCUGUGUCCCCCUCCAGGCAAACCACGAACUCAAAGAGUGCACAGGGGCUGGUGGGACUAAAAAACCUCGGAAACACUUGUUUCAUGAACAGCAUCCUGCAAUGUCUCAGCAACACACACAGCCUGCGAGACUAUUGCCUGCACAACUUACACCGAAAAGACCUUAACAACAACAGCCGCACCAACACAGCCCUCAUGGAAGAAUUUGCCAAGCUGAUACAAACCAUGUGGUCAUCAACCAGCAGUGAAGCAGUCAGUCCCUCUGAAUUCAAAACUCAGAUCCAGAGAUAUGCUCCCAGAUUUGUCGGAUACAACCAACAGGACGCUCAAGAGUUCCUGCGCUUUCUCCUGGACGGCCUGCACAAUGAGGUCAACAGAGUCACCGUCAGGCCACGAGGCACUGCCGAAGACUUUGAUCACCUACUGGAUGAGGAGAAAGGUAGGAAGAUGUGGAGUAAAUACCUGGAGAGGGAAGACAGUAAAAUUGUCGACUUGUUUGUUGGACAGCUCAAAAGCUCACUGACCUGCAGCCAUUGUGGUUUCUGCUCGACUGUCUUUGACCCUUUCUGGGAUCUGUCUUUGCCUAUUGCCAAGAAGGGCUAUGGUGAGGUGAGCCUUAUGGACUGCAUCCGGCUCUUCACCAAGGAAGAUGUCCUUGACGGAGAUGAGAAGCCAACAUGCUACAAGUGCAAAGCAAGGAGAAGAUGCACCAAGAAGUUCACAAUACAGAAGCUCCCCAAGAUCUUAGUUCUGCAUCUCAAACGCUUUUCAGAAGCAAGAAGAACCAGCAAAUUGUCCACCUUUGUUAAUUUCCCCCUGAAGGAUCUCGACUUGCAAGAGUUUGCCUCUGAAACCAGCAUCCAUGCGGUUUACAACCUGUAUGCAGUGUCCAACCACUCAGGCACCACUAUGGGGGGUCAUUACACAGCCUACUGUCGCAACCCCACAUCUGGAGAGUGGUACACCUUUAAUGACUCCAGAGUAACGCCAAUGUCCUCCAGCCAAGUACGCAGCAGCGACGGCUACGUCUUGUUUUACGAGCUGGCCUCUUCCUCCCGCAUGUGAUGCCUGGGGAGAACAACAGAGGCCGCAGCAGCACCACCAUGAUGUAUGGUGGAAUGGAAAAUGAAUUAUUACAACACUUAGCACUAAGACUCCUCCAGCAGGAUGGAGGCUGCUUCUGUAAACGGAGAGACGUGAGAGAAGGGGCACACAAGAACUUUGACCACCAGCCCUGCUAUCUCCCUUGUUGUGUCUUGUCUCUCAUCCAGGGUAGAGGUGUGUGCGCGCUCCUGUGUGUUUGCGUGUGUGUGUGUGUGUGUGUGUUUGUGUGUGCAUGUGCGUGCAUGUGUGUGAGAGUUAGCUGGGCACAGGGCAAUAAUCCCAUUCAUCUGAGGAACCCAUGAGUCCACCUCCAUCUUCUAAGUCUAUGCACCACAAGCCCAACACCUGACUGCGCCUUCACUUUUUUGUGUGUCAUUUCUGCUUCCACUGUUUUUUUUAUGUUGUCAUUUGGGCUUGGUAAUGAUCCCGUUAGCACAACUCAACUGUGAGGAUGUGUGACUUUAAAGGCCUACUGAAACCCACUACCGACCACACAGUCUGAUAGUUUAUAUAUCAAUGAUGAAAGCUUAACAUUGCAACACAUGCCAAUACGGCCGGGUUAACCUAUAAAGUGCAAUUUUAAAUUUCCCGGGAAACUUCCGGUUGAAAACGUCUAGGUAUGAUGACGUUUGCGUGUGACGUCGAUGGUUGAAGCGGAAGUAUUCGGACACAUUGUAUCACAAUACAAACAGCUCUGUUUUCAUCUCAAAAUACCACAGUAUUCUGGACAUCUGUGUUGGUGAAUCUUUUGCAAUUUGUUUAAUGAACAAUGAAGACUGCAAAGAAGAAAGCUGUAGGUGGGAUCGGUGUAUUAGCGGCUGGCUGCAGCAACACAACCAUGAGUUGGAUAGCAGACGCGCUAUCCGACGCUGGCCGCCGACCGCAUCGAUGAUCGGGUGAAGUCCUUCGUCGCGCUGGAACGCAGGUGAGCACGGGUGUGGAUGAACAGAUGAGGGCUGGCGUAGGUGGAGCGCUAAUGUUUUUAUCAUAGCUCUGACGAGGUUCCGUAGCCAAGUUAGCUUCAAUGGCGUCCUUAGCAACAGCAUUCCUAGGCUUUGUUAGCUUCAAUGGCGUCCUUAGCAACAGCAUUGCUAGGCUUCGACAGGCGGCACAGCAUUAACCGUGUGGUUACAGGUCCAGUGUUUGGUUCGGUGUCUCCUGAUAGUAGUAUUGUUGAUCUUCUGUCCAUCCUUCCAGUCAGGGGCUUAUUUAUUUUGUUUCUAUCUGCAUUUAAGCACGAUGCUAUCACGUUAGCUCCGUAGCUAAAGUGCUUCACCGAUGUAUUGUCGUGGAGAUAAAAGUCACUGUGAAUGUCCAUUUCGCGUUCUCGACUCUCAUUUUCAAGAGGAUAUAGUAUCCGAGGUGGUUUAAAAUACAAAUCCGUGAUCCACAAUAGAAAAAGGAGAAAGUGUGGAAUCCAAUGAGCCCUUUUACCUAAGUUACGGUCAGAGCGAAAAAAGAUACAUCCUGCACUGCACUCUAGUCCUUCACUCUCACGUCCUCAUCCACAAAUCUUUCAUCCUCGCUCAAAUUAAUGGGGUAAUCGUCGCUUUCUCGGUCCGAAUCGCUCUCGCUGCUGGUGUAAACAAUGGGGAAAUGUGAGGAGCCUUUCAACCUGUGACGUCAUGCUACUUCCGGUACAGGCAAGGCUUUUUUAUCAGCGACCAAAAGUUGCGAACUUUAUCGUCGAUGUUCUCUACUAAAUCCUUUCAGCAAAAAUAUGGCAAUAUCGCGAAAUGAUCAAGUAUGACACAUAGAAUGGAUCUGCUAUCCCCGUUUAAAUCCAUCCAUCCAUUUUCUACCGCUUAUUCCCUUCGGGGUCGCGGGGGGGCGCUGGAGCCUAUCUCAGCUACAAUCGGGCGGAAGGCGGGGUACACCCUGGACAAGUCGCCACCUCAUCGCAGCCCGUUUAAAUAAAAACAUUUAAUUUCAGUAGGCCUUUAAUGUGACUUGCUCGUGGUUACAAGACUUCCUGGCUUCCACCGCACUAAAAAACACUCUUCUGUGUCCGGCUGGAGUACUUCCAUCACUUCCUGAGGGCGCAAAUUUUGACCCAAAUCGGUUACUGUCUGGUAUGACGAUUGCAAUAUUUACCCGCCUCUUUUUCUCUCUUUUUGACGGUAAAUCGCAACCACUCCUUGCGGUGUGUAGCGAAAGUGUCCAUCGCUACACACUGACCAUCCAAGUGUUGACAGUGCACUGCAGUGUGGCACACUUCUCCGUGUGAACGCACUUACACACUCAAAAUGUAUGGGAGUGCACAAACUGAGAUGCAUACCACGUCUUCAUUUUUUUUCUACAAAUAUGGCGCUACGGCACUGUUGUACAUCCAAUCGAGCUACUUGCCCUGCACAUGUGGCUGCUACUGAUGUUUGCAAAGUGCUGUGAAUGACGGACAGUAAAACUCAAUAUGGAUUCAUUCAUCUUGAUUAAAGUUAAGUCCUCAUCGGUCAUUGUGAGGUCUUCCUCUUGUUUCAUGCCAUUGAACAACAAGGAAAGAAUGUUUUAGAGAAAACAAAAAAACAUCUGUUUAUUUUUAUAUCCUGAUGCAAUAUAGAGAAUGUACUAUUCAAUGGUGCUGAAGCUGACCCAUAACUGUUUUUUGUUUGACUUAUGUAAGUUUCAAGAAAGAAAAGGAAUAUUUAUGUUUAAGGGUUAUUGUAACAAGUCACUUUUAACAGGCAGUUAACAUGAUUCAUUGUCUGGACACAUGUUAAUAAAAGACCACAAAAACUUGCUUUUACUUAUUCAUGU